AUGUACCCCGCGGGCCCCCCGGCCGGCCCAGCUCCGCGCCGCGCCCGCCACCCCCUGCCCGGACGCCCCGCGCAGCCGCCGCGGCUUCCCGCGCCCACUCCAGCCCCCGCCGUGCGGCCGCCGCCCCCGGCGCCCGGGCCGCGGCCCCGCGUGGCCGUGAAGAUGGCCUUCCGCAAGGCCUACUCCAUCAAGGACAAGCUGCAGGCCAUCGAGCGCGUCAAGGGCGGCGAGCGGCAGGCUAGCGUGUGCCGCGACUUCGGUGUGCCGGGCGGCACGCUGCGCGGCUGGCUCAAGGACGAGCCCAAGCUGCGCUGGUUCCUGGAGCAGCUGGGCGGCGAGGUGGGCACGCAGCGCAAGAAGAUGCGGCUGGCCAACGAGGAGGAGAUCGAUCGCGCCGUCUACUCGUGGUUCCUGGCGCUGCGCCAGCACGGCGUGCCGCUGUCAGGGCCGCUCAUCCAGGCGCAGGCCGAGGCCUUCGCGCGCCAGAUCUAUGGGCCCGAAUGCACCUUCAAGGCCAGCCACGGCUGGUUCUGGCGCUGGCAGAAGCGCCACGGCAUCUCCAGCCAGCGUAUCUAUGGCGAGGCCGAGCCUCUGGCCGCGGGCCCCGCGCCCGGCCCGCCCGUCAAGCAGGAGCCCGCGCAGCCCCCGGGCUCCAGCUCCGGCCCCCUGCCCGACCGGGCCCCGGCCCCGCCGCCCCCCGCCGAGGGGGGCUACGGCGACGAGCAGAUCUACAACGCAAACGUCACUGGCCUCUACUGGAAGCUGCUUCCGGAGCAGGCCGCGCCCCUGGGCGCGGGAGACCCUGGCGCGGGAGGCUGCGGCCGGCGCUGGCGGGGUGACCGGGUGACCGUGCUGCUGGCCGCCAACCUGACCGGUAGCCACAAGCUGAAGCCGCUGGUCAUCGGGCAGCUGCCGGACCCGCCUAGCCUGCGCCACCACAACCAGGACAAGUUCCCCGCCUCCUACCGCUACAGCCCCGAUGCCUGGCUCAGUCGCCCUCUGCUGCGGGGCUGGUUCUUCGAGGAGUUCGUCCCCGGCGUGAGGCGUUACCUGCGUCGCAGCUGCCUGCAGCAGAAGGCCGUGCUGCUGGUGGCCCACCCGCCCUGCCCAAGCCCAGCUGCCAGGAUGCCCGCUCUGGAGGAGAGCGAGGAGACCCUCCGGCGGUGUCGGCCCGAGCCCCUCAGCCCCCCAGAAGAGCUGCAAACCCCGGAUGGUGCCGUGCGGGUGCUCUUCCUGUCCAAGGGCAGCAGCCGGGCACACAUCCCUGCCCCGCUGGAGCAGGGGGUCGUGGCCGCCUUCAAGCAGCUAUACAAGCGGGAGCUGUUGAGGCUAGCUGUGUCUUGUGCGGGGGGCUCCCCGUUGGACUUCAUGCGCAGCUUCAUGCUCAAGGACAUGCUCUACCUGGCCGGCCUCUCCUGGGACCUGGUGCAGGCAGGCAGCAUUGAGCGGUGCUGGCUGCUCGGCUUGCGGGCGGCCUUCGAGCCCCGGCCCACUGAGGAGUGUGUUGGGCAGCCCGCCGGCCAGGCCGAGGAGGCUGCAGAGCACAGCCGGGUGCUCAGCGAUCUCACGCACCUGGCAGCCCUGGCCUACAAGCGCCUGGCGCCUGAGGAGGUGGCCAAGUGGCUGCAUCUGGACGAUGAUGGGGGGCUGCCUGACAGCUGCAGGGAGGAGGCAGGCCCUGGCCGGCCCCCUGUGCUGGCCCCUGCUGCCCCUCUACCCCCAGCCAGCCUACCCUCUGUCAUGGGAGGUGGGGAGGAGGAGGAGGAGGCUGCCGUGCCCACUGCUGGGGAGGCUGUCCGGGGUCUGGAGACAGCUCUCCGGUGGCUGGAGAAUCAGGACCCCCGGGAGGUGGGGCCACCAAAGCUGGUGCAGCUGCGCUCACUGAUCAGCAUGGCCCGGAGGCUGGGGGGCAUUGGUCCCUCUCGUGCAGUCCCCGAGGAUGGGGUGUGACCAAGCCAGCCUGAGUGGCCCCCCAGCGGCUGUUCUCCUGCUGCACUUGGAGGGAGGAGACACGCACAGUCUUCCAUUUCCCC